AAUCACUUGGAAUUUGUUACAUUUUUUUUUGUCAACAACCCAAAUGUCCCAAAUUUAGUCUUUUCUCAUAAUAAAAUUGUAACAGCCUUUUUAUACUUCAAUCACAUUUUAACUACAUAUAAUCCUGAUUGGUUUUUGUUUUAAUCAACGUAACAAAAAGGUAUUAUAAGGCAUUACAGACUGCUGUUCAUAAUCAAACAUAUAAACAUCAAAACUAUCUUUGAACAGUUGCAAAAAGAUUUAGAUUAUGCUAUUGUUGAAUCAUCGAAGAAGAUUCAAGCACAUAGAAGUUCAGACUCAAUUCCUGGGACAUCUAGUGGUAUCUUUAAGAUGACUCCAGUAGCACGGGCAAUAACAACCAAAAGACUAUGUGAUGCAGAGCAGCACCACUCAGAUUUAAAAAGACCAAAAAGAAUGUCAAUUAAAAACUCUGACUUGAGAUUUAGAUGCAGUUUUUGCUCUGCGAGAUUCCCUUCUCUUACAAUUGUCCGAGACCAUACCAGAGCAUGCCAUAGUGACGAAAAUGAAUGGAGGAGAGAAGAAAAAUUAAUCCGCAAUACUAAACUUACAUCUGUAGUAUGUAAUGGUACAACGGGAUCAAAGUUAAACCAAAACCUAGAAGGGAAAUCAACAUUUCUGUUUAGAUGCAACGCUUGCAAAUUCGCUAGUGUAUCUUAUAACCACAUGAUUGAACAUUGCCAAUAUCAUGUUGUCUCAUCUGAAAAUCUGGAGGUUUUUGUCUCUAGAAACUCAACAAGGAAAUGCGUAAUAUCGAAUGUUGAAUUUGAUGUUGAUUUUGACACAUACAAUGAAUGUAAAUACGGUCCGGAUUACUCUUAUACACUAAUAUAUUGCGAUUAUAAACUUUUGAAACAGGACAAGUGGCCAGGCAUUGUGGAUAACUUACCAAAGCCAGAGAUAGACAUGAUAAACUGUAAUAGUAUAUAUUAUUUCACACGGAUUGUUCACUUGACAUCUCGGAAAGAGGCUUCAUCUGCCCCAUUUAUGGUCUUCCAAUGUGAGAAAUGUUUGAAACAUAUUGAUCCACAUUCCGUAUUGGCACAUGUUGUAGAAAACUCGUGCAAUAAAGAGCUUGCUGAAUUCCCUUGUUAUGAGUGCAAGAGACCAUUUCUUAACGAGAAUAGCAUGUAUCUACAUUAUAAGAUGCAUCAAGCUGCAGUCAGCUCUAAUAUGAAGUUCAGGACAGUUUUUUUCAAUCAUAAAGACGAUGAUUUCUUUAAUGCACUUUUACUAAAAGCAGCUGGGGUUAUCAUGCAAAAUGUAUCAAGUAGAAAAAGAAAUGCACAAGCAAAACUAUUAUCUGAUGAUGCAAUUCAAAUAAAAAUUUGCCCUGCCGCAAACAUCCUAAAAGCUAUUGAACAUGGCCCGAGAAAUGGACCAAGUGGAUCAAACCUUCCACAAUCAAGAGUAUCUGAUGUAGCAAAGACACAAAUCCAAGUAAAAACCAGCCCGCAAGCUAAAAAUGUUCAAAAAGUUAUCUCACAAAAUGUACCAAAUUGGUCAAAAUUACCACAACCAAGACCAUCAUCUGAUAUAACAAAGACAGAAAUUCAAGAGACUAACAGUACCCCAGUAAAGGAUGUACGGAAAACUACUGAGCUUACCCCGCAUGCACCAAGCGGAUCACAACUACAGCGCUUACUAACAUCAGGUACUGCAAAGGAACCAAUUCAACUGAAAAUUGUCCUUGAAAGACAUGAUGCUAGAUCACUCAUUAUUCCAGGAACAACAACUGUUGCUCAAAACAAAACUGUGUCAUCUGAAAUCACCAGUAAUAUUGCAAAAAACACGGAUAAAGCAACUACAGUUUAUAAAUGUCAAUGUGAAUUAUCCUUUCACGAAUUGGAAUUUCUAUUCAGACAUCUCGGAAAAUGCCCUUCAGAUAAGUCAGCUAGAAUUUCUUGUAUUUGUGGAUUAGUUUUUGAUGAACAACAAUAUCAACUCCAUUAUGGUAUACAUAGCCAAGGUUUAACGAUACUGAAUGUUAAACGAAUUACUAUGUGUGAUGAGAAAAUAAUAGGCCCAAAUAACAAAAUAAAUGAAAAAGAAAAGAGAGAAUUAGACUACGAUCAACUUUGUAAAAAAGCAAUUUCGGAUCUUAUAGAUACAAUACAAAAUAUAAGUUUGCCGCAUAUUAGAGAGAUCAGAACGGAAGUAAAGGAAAAAAUAAUUGAUGCUGAAACACGGUCUGUUGGUUCAGGGGAUGAUUUAAUUACAGUAGCUUUUAAAUCUCAAGGAACAAUGACUGAAAGGGAAACACUAACUACUGUUGGGACAGACACCGAUGAUUUAAAUAUAUCAGUGUUAAAAUCUCAAGGAACAAUGACUAUGAUAGGAGUACAAACUGUUCAUGAAGUAAAUAAUGAACUUUGUAAUAGAAAACAAGUUAUUGAUACUAAGUCAGCGUGUUCAGGGACAGAUAAUUCAAAUAAAUCAGUCAUGAUAUCUCAAGGAACAAUCACUAGGACAGGGGCACAAACUAUUCUUGUAGUAAAUAAAGAAUUGGGUAAUACAAAACAAGCUGGUGAUACAAAGUCAGUUGAUUCAUUAUCAGAUGAUUUGAAUAUAUCAGUUAUGAAAUCUCAAGGUAAAAUUGCUGUUAUUGUACCAGAAAUACAAACUGCUUAUGAGGUAAAUAAAGACAAAAGUAAUAUUAAAGAAGAUGGUAAAACAAUGUUAGUCCGUUCAGGAGCAGGUGAUAUAAAUACAUCACUUUUAAAGUCUCAAACUAUGAUGACUAACACAGAGGCACAACAUAAAAUAUCAAAAAUAUCAAGCAGUUGUUUUAAACUAGAUCUUUCAUAUGCAAGAAAAGAAAAAGAUGAUAGAUUAGUAGAUAACGUGAACAAUAAAUAUAAGAAACCAAAUGAAAAUUUCAAUUGUGGUGCAGAUAAAAAAGACAAGUAUCUCUCCAUGCUCAAAACUAUAAUAGAGGCAAAGAUGAAAGAAAAUGUUACCGACAAAACCACAGCUUAUCAUAGUACUGAAUCCACUAAAAUUAUAUGUAAGAAAAAUAAAAAUAUUAGUGAGACAAAACAUGAAGAUCACAUGAGGGAUCAAACACAAAAAUCGCUCAACAUGAAUCAAGGGAAUGACGCGCUAGAAACACCGACUGAAAAAAACGAGGAAUAUGAGAAAAACAUAGAAACAAUAGAAUUUGAAAAAAAUAAAGAUGUGAUUGAAACUGAACAAGGUAGUACUAGUAAAAUUUACACUGAAGAUGAACUGCUGAAUGGGCCUGAAAAUCCUGAUAUGCCUAUUUACUUUGAUGCUGAUGAAUCACUUAUGACUGAUGAUGAAGGUCCGAUACUACUUUAUGAAGAAGACGAUAUUGAAGACUGAAAAAACGAAGCAUAUACAUACAAUUAUACAGGUAAAAUACUACUACGCUUAUUUAAAAAAAAAAUUCACGCUUUGGGCAAGACAUUAAUUCAAAUUAAAGCUUAAUGAGUGAUCCCAAGCUGAUGAUAUUAAUGAAAAGUAUAGGUAUAUAAUUAAAUUAAUAUAAUAUUAAACAAUAAUUGUAUCAUGUCAAUCAAAUGUCAUCAAGCAAAUAAUAAUAUCAAUCAUAUGAAUCAAUCAAUCAAAUAAUAUCAAUCAAGCAAAUAAAAUGUAAAUAAAAAUA